AUGGCAAAUUUUAUACACUUUUUAAUUAGUGUUACAUUAACAUUUAUAUUUGUUUCUGUGGUUUGUGUCAACACUUCGCCUGCUGCUAGAAAUGAAUUACCACUUGGAAGUUUUCCAGUCACUAUCAAUCAUACAGAUUCUAUUAAUACUACUGAAUGCAAUCUAGGAUGGAAAACACCUAGUAAUACGAAUGACACUAUUCAAUAUUGUACUUAUAAACAACGUUCAAAAAAAACGGCUUUUUGUCUUUCGUUUUUUCUUGGUACAUUUGGUGCUGAUUGGUUUUAUCUUUCACGUUCCAGUUUUGCUUAUAUUAUUGUUGGUUUAUUAAAAUUAUUAUUAGGAUGUGGCUGCUGUAGUGCAUGGCCAUUAACAUAUUUUGGAUCUGAAAGCCAAAAUACUGAAGCAAUCAAAUUAAAAUUUCGUGGUGUUAGUACAUUUAUUACUUUAUUCGCAUUCGUAUGGUGGAUUGUUGAUUGGGCACGUAUUUUAGGAAAUAAAUUUGCUGAUGGCAAUGGAGAAGCACUUAUGUCUUGGUAG